AUGUCUUACCAGCAAAAGCAGCAGAAGUGCCAGCUCCCUGCCAAGUCCCUCCCCAAAUAUCCACCCAAGUGCCUCCCUCAGGGCUCUCAGGCUCCUGCUUCAUGUCCAGCCCCAUGCCCGCCUCCAGCCACCUCCUGCUGUGUUCCCACCUGCUGUGUUUCUGGCUUCGGAGUCAGCUGCUCUCCAGUUUCUCACCGGUUUCCAAGCGUCUACCUGUGCCAGCCCCAGCAUCCAGACUGCUGUGAGGACGAGUCCUUCGGAUGCUCCAGUUAUUGCCAUUGCUAUGGGGGCUGCAGCUGA